AUAUGAAUCCAUCUCUUCUUCAUAAAUUCCCACGACCAUCGGACCAAAGAAUUAUACCCCUCUCUUCUAGCCAUUCAAACUAGUAAACAAUGGGGAUACUCAGGAAGAAAAAACACGAGCGAAAGCCGUCGUUUAAGAGUGUUUUAACCUCAAUAUUAGCUACACAAGCCGCAACAUUCCUAUUGUUGAUCUCCGGUGUAUCCCUCGCCGGCACAGCCGCCGCAUUUAUCGCUACCAUGCCACUAUUCGUAGUAUUCAGUCCGAUUCUCGUACCAGCUGGUAUUACCACUGGUUUACUGACUACGGGUUUAGCAGCCGCCGGUGGCGCCGGUGCGACUGCUGUCACCAUCAUCCUGUGGCUCUACAAGCAAGCAACGGGCAAGGAGCCGCCAGCAGUCCUGUCAAAAGUCUUGAAAAAGAUAAUACCAGGUGCUGCAGCCGCACCAGCAGCCGCGCCAGCAGCCGCACCAGCAGCAGCUCCAGCAGCCGCACCAGCUGCCGCGCCAGCAGCCGCACCAGCACCUAAGCCCGCAGCCGCACCAGCACCUAAGCCAGCAGCCCCACCGGCACUAUGAAAAGAAGUGGUGGGCAUGAGUAAAGGCUGAUAUGGAAAAUUUGAUACAUGGAAACAAAAGAGUAAUCCAACUUUUUAAAAAUAAAUAACAACUUCACGUGGGGAUAGAAAAAAAAUUCAUAUAUUAUUCUACUAAUGGAUGUCGUGGUACAAAGUAGUAACAAAUGUAAGCAUAUUUAUUGUAUAGCAUUUUAAGAACGAAGCUGUGUAUCGUUGAUAUUAGUACCUUAUUCAAGUUAUUCAAGUUCCUCUUUCA